GAAAACAGGGCUCCAUAUUGAACUGUUGUUUUUGAUGUGAAAACGGUACCUUUUUCCACAGUUUCGCUUAAUAUUUGCCGUGAUAGAACUUGACCACGUAUACUGUGUAUAACAGUAAGAAUGAAACUAGCGGACAUUAAGAAGCUAAAAGUAGCAGAACUCCGGUCCAGGCUUGAAAAAGCUGGGUUGGACCACAGGGGACUGAAGACCGAGCUGGUAGGCAGGCUGUGGUCGUCGCUGGAUCACCGCCAAAACGCAGACGACGGAGCGACGAUUUUAACAGUUUUGACGGAGGAGGCGGCUUCGUCUCCCCCUGUCGAUCCAGACCAAACCGCCAGAAAGUAUUCCGACUCCGCGACACAGACCGAAAGUGAAGUGCGGAGUCCUUUAACCGACUCUGUUCAGGAUGACAACCAAGUCGAGAGGGGCGAACCGGAGCCACCACAAAAUGACGACAGAGGUCGGGCUUUCUACGAGUUUAAAGAGGAGAUACGAUAUAAAAGAGCCAAGCCACCACAAGCGCCCCCGGCGAGAGACGAGACACAUCGGGUUGAAGUUGAAGUUGAAGACGCAGUCAGACUCGAUUCACAUGACAGUCAUCUUCAUUUUGAGGUGGGGCCAGACGGCGCCUGCGGUCAGCCCCGCUUCUGGGACAGAUUCCCCCUGCUGUGGUCAGGCUGCAGGCUCACCCACGGGGUGUCGCAAGGCAGCGUGGGCUUCGAGGCCAGACUGGAUAGGAGGUUGAUCGGCAGCAACGCGGCGGACGGCGUGGAAAGCGGCGAGUCCUACGGGAUGCGAGUAGGCUGGUCCUUGGCCCAAACGUCACUGCUACUAGGUGAAGAGGCCGUUUCUUUUGCUUAUGACGGACGAGCAAGAAAAGUGAGCGGCGGAGUGGAAGACGACUAUGGAGAGACGUUUUCCCAGGGCGAUAUCAUUGGCUGCUAUGCUGCUUUCUCCGCAAAUGGAAGCGUUCAGCUCUCCUUCCAUAAAAACGGUCGCUUCAUGGGCGUGGCUUUUUCCCUCGACGCAUCAGUGCUUCAAGGCCGCGCCCUAUACCCUCACGUCCUCUGCAAGAACUGUUCUGUCCACUUCUUGUUGGACCCCACGGCUCCUCCGUGGUACCGCGGCCCUCCCGGCUUCACCCCGCUGGCGGCGCUCCCUGCCGGGCUGAGGCUUCGCAACACAUUGGGCCCAGAAUCCAUAGCGCAGUGUGAGGUGGGUUGUUAUUUGAAGGCAAAGCCUCUUCCUAUAUCAUUGGAGCUUCUACUGCGUCCACAGGUGGUGUUGAUGGUGGGCCUACCGGCUUCUGGGAAGAGCCACUGGGCUAAAGCUCACAUGCGCCGCCAUCCAGAGAAACAAUACAAGCUGCUGGGCACGGAGGAGCUCUUGGCUUGCAUGAUGAGAGGAGGAGCCAGGGAGCGGCGGCUGCAGCAGGCCGCUCGGUGUCUGACUGAAUUAAUCCAAAGAGCCGCUCACACGCCAGGCAACUACAUCCUGGACCAGUGCAACAUCCUCUUCUCCGCACAGCGUUACAAGCUGCAACUGUUCGCCGACUUCAGGCAUCGCUCGGUGGUGGUUGUUUUUCCCUCAGCGGCCGAGUGGAAAAGACGCCUGUCGGAACAUCAGAAGAGCGGGGAAAAGAUCCCCGAGAUCGCCCUGCUCAAACUCCAAGUCAGCUGCAGUCUUCCGGAGCAGCACGGCCAACUUCCGGACGAGCUGCGGUACGCCGAGCUGCCUCAGGAAGCGGCGGGGCCGCUGCUGCAGGAGUACAAAGACCAGGCCCGACGGCUUUUGCCCCCUGUUCCAAAAACGGAGAAAAAGAAGAGGUACCCGCAGAAGAAAAGACCCCGCCCACAUGGACCUCUGCCGCCUCAUUGGAUCAGGGGGAGUGGCUUAAAGGGGUGGAACGACGCAAGGCCACAUAUGCAGACUUGGAGCCCACAGCCCAGAUAUUGGAACGCUGUCUAUUAUGACCAAGCCAUGUGCUACAACAGCGGAUAUGAGAACUUCUGGUGAAGAAAAAAAAGUGCCCUGAGGUUGUAUCGAUUAAUUAUCAGGGAAUUAAGACAUCAUGGCGAUUAAUCCAACAACAUUAAAAAUAGCUCAGAUAAGCAAUGAUUUAAAACAGAGGUAGGGAACCUAUGGCUCGGGAGCCAGGUAGGGCUCUUUUGAUGACUGUAUCUGGCUCUCGAGCAUUUACCACAAUAAAAAUGUAUGUUUGCUAACAUUUUAAAGUAAACAUCACAGAAAUCACUGUUAAAAAUAUUCAAAAUCAACAACUUUCUUAUGCAUUUUAAUCCGUCCAUCUAUUUUCUACUGCAAUACGGCCGACCAUAUCCAUCUUUUUUGAUGAUAUUUUCCAAAUCAAACACCAAAACUUGAUUAUUACUGGGUAAUGCGGUAGUGUACCUCGGUCAUUAAGAUGUCAACAUGUAAACUUUCCUCCUUUAGUCAAAUAGUCACCUAGCUAAAGCUGCAGAACCAAGCCUUCUGGCAAAGAUGGCCAAAAGAAUGAAAUAUACUGAGUACGGUGCAAAACCAUGCAGCAGCAGAAGUUGCAUUAAUGGCAGCAAGUAUUUGAUUUAUUAUUAGACACUGCGCUGCUCACGAAAGUGUGCUGGCCACACCCCCUUGGCGUGGGGUAGUGUGCCUGGUCUACGUAAUUAGAGCCCAUUAUAUCUAAAACUGUUGGUCUUACAUAAAAAUGCACACAUUUUAUUGCAUUCAAUAUUUAAAAAAAAAUGUAUAUGGCUCUCACAGAUAUACAUUUUAUAAUAUCUGGCCUUCAUGGCUCUCUUAGCCAAAAAGGUUCCCGACCCCUGAUUUAAAAAAAGGUGAGAUUAGCCGUACUAUGCGGUUGAGCAUCUCUGGUUGUAUCUAUGCAAUCAAAGUGCUCAGUGUUGACUUCACAAACUGUCUAAAAGUGCAAUUUUUUAAAUAUUUUUUAUUGAAAAUACUUUAAUACAUAAACUGUACAGUUUGGAAUAACGAGUCGGCUUUCUAGCGCUCUUGACAGGAGUAAUAAAUCUCAGUCGUAUUACAGCAGAGCUUGCCAAUCCUUGCCUAAUGUGACCUCCGAGCGCCGCUUUCUUCGCCUCUCGUUUCCGCGUCAGGCUUCACUCUUUGGUAAAGCAGCACCGCCCCUUUGGCGGAAGGACACAGCUCCGCCCACAGAGGGCUGCCCCUGUCCAGCCCCAACACCUCCUGUCGGGGGAAUUUUUCUUUACGUUAUCAUUUUUCCGUUUGACGCGGGUCAACGUUUCUCACCACUUUGUCGAGGAAGACGAUGUCGGUGGACUCGCUGGCCUCGGCUCCUCCUUUCCAGUACAGCGCUUUGACUUCAGCUGAUGACAGUGAACAACUGAGGGACGCAAACGACAGCUUUAGGGGCGAUGCACACGGGAACGUGUAUGCCCUGAAAACUGAAUCUGAAAACUUAGGCAAUACUGAAACUUGCGUUUCUAUUAUUUCAAUAUUAAUUCAAUAUAUUAUUAUUAUAUAAUUUAAUUCAAUAUAUCCACAUUUGAUAUUUAUUUGACCCUGUUUCCUCAUGUUAUAUAUAUUAUCUUGGCUUCACUGCUACCAGCCUGAAUUUUACUCUGUAUCAGAUCAGACAUAAUCAGUACUAUCCCACAUCACUACUAUAGGGGACUCAAGCUAGCAAGCUAACCAGUUAGCCUCAGCUUUAAACCUCACAAAGCCAAAAAACAUACCACUUCCACACAUAAUGGGAGGACAACAUUUUUUUUUUCUCACUCAAAAUAUAUGGGACAUGCCGUGGCUGACUUCAUGCAGAGUUAAGGUAACGUCAUGUAAGCUAAUGUAAUGAUAAUGGUUUAAUUUCAUUUGAACAUGCAUCAGAUUACAAUUGAGUGCAUCCCAUAAUCAGUUCCCAGUUCCACAUGUCCAAAAGGAGUAGGAAGAAGCAAAGCUUAUUAAAUCCUACCCCUCCAUCUGGUACUUUUACAAUCACUAACUUACAUUUGUUCACUUCCUGCUUUCCAUAAUACAGUUUAAGGUUUUCUUUUUUUUUUUUAAUAAUGUAUAUAAUAAUAUAUAAUGUGAUAUGACGAUAUGUCUCAAUGCUAGUAUGUCAUUACUGCCACCUAGUGACCACAAUACUGUAUAUCACUUGUAAUUACAUACAGUAAACCUCGGAUAUAUCGGAAAUUCGCUCACAACGGACAGAUAAAAAAAAGAACCAAUUUUUCUGUAAUGCAUUUCCAAUAAAAAUUCAUUGCAUAUAUCGGAUUUUUUUUAUAACGGAUUUCGCCUAUUUCGGACAAAAUCUCCAGUCCCGUUCCAAUGCAUUUCCAUUAAAUUUCCCUGGCAUAUAUCGGAU